AGGAGCCUGAGAGGAGGAGGAGAAAAACCGAAAGGGAGAAAGGAUGCGCUUCUUGAGGGCUUGGUGCUGACUGUGGAGGGCUGUGAGGAGACCGAGGUAGGGUGGCUUUCGUGGUACAGGCCCUGGCCCGCCUCAGCAGACCGACAGCCGGACAAGACAAGCCGCCUCUCUCCCGCUUACUCCGGGUUUCAGAGAGCCAUUUCCACCCCCACGCACCCUGCAAAGAUAGGUCCCUUUCCCGCCCCUGCUACUCUUUUCUCUGGAGGGGAUCCCUUAAUCCACCCACCCCCAGGACCGUCCCCCAUCCUCUUCCCAGUAUAGGCCUCUGCUUGAGGGUUUUCUAUAGGUCGGUCGAACUCUCCUUUUAAAUUCAUUUUAUACUUCCCCUUCUCCCUGGCUAUCUUGUUUUUAAAACAAACAGGUAGAAUAAUUGCAGGUGCUUUUAAAAAUAUUUGUGUUAGGUGCUGCUUUCUGAUGGGUUCCUGAAGCCAAAGGUUGGGUGGGUGUGUUCAUCUUAUUUAGAAAAAGAUAGGGUGUGGGAUUUUUAUUUUUAAGUGUUUCACCCAUGGAGGAGGAAGGUCCUCCUAGGAUACUACCUCGUUAACCAUGACAUGAGUUGAGCAAAAGGAGGAAAAGCCAAGCCCUAAGAGCCAAACGAUCCCAGACGCCUCCGAAGCCACCAUGACUCAGAACUUGGAUUCUGGGAUAAAGAAAAGAAGAUAUUCAGGGUAGCUGAUUUGUGCAUUCAUGCUGAGCUGGAAGCCAAGAAAGAAUGGCAUCAGAAGAGGCCUCACUGCGAGCUUUGGAGAGCCUAAUGACAGAAUUUUUCCACAAUUGCACUACUAAUGAAAGGAAGCGUGAGAUUGAGGAGCUCCUGAAUAAUUUUGCCCAGCAGAUCGGUGCCUGGAGAUUCUGCCUGUACUUCCUAUCUAGCACAAGAAACGACUAUGUAAUGAUGUAUAGCUUGACAGUGUUUGAGAACCUGAUUAACAAGAUGUGGCUUGGGGUCCCAUCGCAAGAUAAAAUGGAGAUUCGCAGCUGUCUGCCCAAACUUCUUUUGGCUCAUCACAAAACUCUGCCUUACUUCAUCAGGAACAAACUUUGUAAAGUUAUUGUAGAUAUUGGGCGGCAAGACUGGCCAAUGUUCUACCAUGACUUCUUUACAAAUAUUUUACAGUUGAUCCAGUCUCCUGUAACAACCCCGCUUGGGCUGAUCAUGCUGAAGACAACGUCUGAAGAGCUAGCAUGCCCACGGGAGGACCUUAGCAUAGCACGAAAGGAAGAGUUGCGCAAAUUGCUCCUGGAUCAGGUUCAGACAGUCCUUGGGCUUCUCACAGGUAUCUUGGAAAGCAUCUGGGAUAAAUACAGUGUUACUGCUGCCACCCCACCGUCAUCUCCAACAUCAGGAGAAAGUGGCAACCUUUUAAGUAGCUUGUUGCAGAGUCCCAGCGCAGCCAAAUUACUGAACCAGCCAAUCCCUGUUCUUGACUCUGAGAGCGAGUAUAUCUGUUCUCUGGCACUGGAGUGCCUAGCCCACCUCUUCAGUUGGAUUCCUUUAUCUACAAGCAUCACCCCUUCCCUCCUCACCACCAUAUUCCAUUUUGCCCGCUUUGGUUGUGACACUCGAGCCAGGAAGACAUCCUCCAUCAAUGGCAGCAGCCAGAACUCUGUCUUGGGUCAAGAUCGUGGCCGGCUCGGGGUGCUUGCCAUGUCUUGCAUCAACGAACUGAUGUCAAAGAACUGUGUGCCUGUGGAAUUUGAGGAAUACUUGCUGCGGAUGUUCCAGCAAACUUUCUACCUCCUACAGAAGAUUACCAAGGAGAACAACGCCCAUACAGUGAAAAGUCGGCUGGAUGAACUGGAUGAGAGUUACAUAGAGAAGUUCACUGACUUUCUGCGCCUCUUUGUGAGUGUCCACUUGAGGAGGAUCGAGUCCUACUCCCAGUUCCCCGUGGUUGAAUUCCUUGCACUGUUAUUCAAGUAUACAUUUCAUCAGCCUACCCAUGAAGGUUACUUUUCCUGCUUAGACAUUUGGGCUCUCUUCUUGGACUACUUGACUGGUAAAAUAAAGAGUCGUCUGGCAGAUAAAGAAGCAGUACUCAAUAGGUACGAAGAUGCCCUAGUUCUACUGCUGACAGAGGUAUUGAAUAGAAUACAAUUCAGGUACAACCAGGCCCAAUUAGAAGAACUGGAUGAUGAGACGCUGGAUGAUGAUCAACAGACGGAGUGGCAGCGGUACUUACGCCAGAGCUUGGAAGUAGUGGCCAAAGUUAUGGAGCUGCUGCCAACACACGCCUUCUCUACCCUGUUUCCAGUUCUCCAAGAGAAUUUGGAUGUAUACCUGGGACUCCAACAGUUCGUAGUCACUUCUGGGAAUGGUCACAGGCUGAACAUCACCGCUGAGAAUGACUGUCGGCGCUUGCACUGCUCUUUGCGAGACCUCAGUUCCUUGCUCCAGGCCGUUGGCCGGCUAGCUGAGUACUUCACUGGGGACAUGUUUGCUGUCAGAUUCAGUGAUGCUCAUACCAUUGUGGAGAGGCUGGUCAAGGUAACACUGUACGGGUCCCAGAUUAAACUCUACAACAUUGAAACUGCUGUGCCAUCUGUGCUGAAACCUGAUCUUAUUGAAGUGCAUGCACAAUCCCUGGCCGCCCUGCAAGCUUACUGCCACUGGCUAGCACAGUUCUACGGGGAAGUUCAUCAACAAAAUCCAACAGAGUUUGUCUCGCUUGUCUCCACCGCCCUGGAAGCGAUUACUCCGCUAAUCAAUUCUAAGGUACAAGAGAAGUUGCUGCUGUCGGCCUGCCACCUGCUUGUCUCCUUGGCUACCACAGUACGGCCUGUGUUUCUGAUUAGCAUCCCAGCUGUGCAAAAAAUGUUCAACAGGAUCACAGAUACCUCUAAUCAACGGCUUCCUGAUAAGGCUCAGAUACUCGUGUGCAGAGCGCUCUCAAACAUCCUGCUGCUGCCAUGGCCAAACCUCCCCGAGACUGAACAGCAGUGGGCCAUUCGCUCAACUAACCAUGCCAGCUUAAUCUCUGCCCUCGCCAGGGAUUACCGCAGCCUGAAAUCCAGUGCCAUCUUGCCCCAGAGGAAAAUGCAGCAGGAUGAUACUAAAGUUAUUAUCCAUCAGACACUUAGUGUCUUGGAAGAUAUCGUGGAGAGCAUCUCUGGAGAAGCCACCAAGUCCCGUCAGAUCUGCUACCAGUCGCUGCAGGAGUCUGUGCAGGUCUCACUUGCCCUCUUCCCAGCUUUCAUUCACCAGUCAGAUGUGACAGACAAAAUGCUGAGCUUCUUCCUCACCCUGUUUCAAGGGCUGAGGGUGCAGAUGGGCAUGCCUUUCACUGAGCAGGUCAUACAGACUUUCCUCAACAUGUUCACCAGAGAGCAGCUGGCGGAGAGCAUCCUGCAUGAUGGGAGCACCGGAUGCCGAGUGGUGGAGAAAUUCCUGAAGAUCCUGCAGGUGGUGGUGCAGGAGCCGGGCCAGGCGUUCAAGCCCUUCUUGCCCAACAUCAUCUCUCUCUGCAUGGAGCAAGUCUACCCGAUCGUGGCUGAGCGAUCUUCUCCUGAUGUGAAAGCAGAGCUGUUUGAGUUGCUUUUCCGAGUCCUCCAUCACAACUGGCGGUACUUCUUCAAGUCCAGCGUUCUGGCCAGCGUCCAGAGAGGGGUCGUGGAUGAGCAGAUGGAGGACGAAGCCCAGUUCGGUGCCAUUAUGCAGGCCUUUGGCCAGUCUUUCCUGCAACCAGACAUACACCUCUUCAAGCAGAACCUCUUGUAUUUGGAGACUCUGAACGCAAAGCAGAAGCUGUACCACAAGAAAAUCUUCCGGACAGCCAUGCUCUUUCAGUUUGUGAAUGUGCUGCUUCAGGUAUUGGUACAUAAAUCACAUGACCUCCUACAAGAGGAAAUUGGUAUCGCCAUCUACAACAUGGCCUCUGUGGACUUUGAUAGCUUCUACACAGCCUUUCUCCCGGGAUUCUUGGCCAGCUGUGAUGGUGUGGACACCAACCAGAAAAGUGUUCUCGGAAGGAACUUCAAAAUGGACAGGGACCUGCCAUCCUUUACACAGAAUGUGCACAGGCUGGUCAAUGACCUGCGCUAUUACAGACUCUGCAACGACAGUUUGCCCCCCGGGACUGUGAAGCUAUAGUACUUGGCACCAGGCGCAGGUUUGGACCCCUGUAAAGAACAGAUCUGCCUCCUUGUCUCGUCGCGGCCUCUGCUCCCCCGAUCUUGCCAGGCCUGCAGGAUGCAGCACCUCACGCGUGGGGCACACAUUGGAGCCACACACCACGUCCCUUUCUCGUUCCCUUCACACUCAUCUCUGCGACUGAGUCUCCCGCAGGGUGUCUUAAGGCCGGCUGCAGGCUGUUCCCCUUGCUGGGUGUUUUUGUCUUAAUACUGUGGCAUUUGGUUGCGUCUGCAGGUUUCAGUGGCUGGUCUUGUGCGUCAAUUAUGAGGCAGAAACGCCAAAGACUACUUCAGAUGUUCCCGCCUUCACAUCAUUCCACCUUCCUCCCUCCCCUCCUCCUCCCUCUACCUUCCCCUCGAGGUGACAUCCCUGAUCACCACCAUUUUUGUUUUUAAAUUGCCUUGAAAGCCUCCCUGUGGCCAGUGGGGUUUCUGAGAGGGAUCGACAGACUGACUUCCGUUUCUUUUUUUUAAGGAAACAUUUUUCUCAUCAUUCCAUUGUGAUACUAAAAUGUGCUUAAUGGAAAUAAAAAGUGCUUACUUUGUUGUUUUAA